AUGUCGUUCAUCAGGAGAAUCGUGCACAAUGAUGCCAUCAAGCUAGAUCCUCCCGAAGUGUACAACUGGAGGGUCUUUACAUUGGCCGCAGCAGCUUGUUUCGGUGGAACUCUUUUUGGCAUGGAUAUUGGAAUUAUAGGCGGUGUUCUGACUCUGCCUGACUUUAAAGAUGAAUUUGGCCUCACAGAACUUAGCAAGAUCAAACAGUCCAAUCUUUCAGCCAACUUGGUGUCUGUGAUGCAGGCCGGCGCCAUCGUAGGUGCCUUGCUCGCCAAUCCAAUCGCUGAUAGAUUCGGUCGUAAACCGAGCAUCCUCGUUAUCUCCGUGUUCGCGUUUAUCGGAGGUCUUCUCCAAGCUUUCUCAUAUGGUAGCCUUGUGUGUUUCUACAUUGGAAGAUUCGUGGAAGGUUUGGGCCUAGGUGGAGCGACCAUGCUCGCGCCCACUUACGUUGCCGAGAACGCUCCUCGUGGUAUCCGAGGCCUCCUUGUGGGCUUCUAUCAGCUCUUCGAAACAAUGGGAGCAAUGAUCGCAUUCUUCAUCAACUACGGCAGUCUUCUUCAUUUCAAGGGCCAUGCCACCUGGAUCGUACCACUUUCGAUGCAGUCCCUACCUCCCCUCUUGCUCUUUUGCUCCAUCCUCUUCUGUCCAGAGUCUCCUCGCUGGCUCGCCUCUAGGGACAAUUGGGACAAGGCUUCCAAGAUUCUCUGCACCGUGCGUCAUUUACCUGAAACACAUCCAUACAUCCAAGCCGAGCUUCUCGAGAUGAAGACCACGUUGGAUGCAGAAAGAGGCCGUCUUGGGGGAAAUAGCUACUGGGCUUUGACUAAGGAGGCAUGGACCAUCCCAGGCAAUCGGCGACGGUCGAUUAUGGCUAUUGGUCUCAUGACUGCCCAGCAAUGGACCGGCACAAACGCCAUCAAUUACUACGCACCCACGAUAUUUACGAACUUGGGAAUCACAGGAACCACCAACAGCCUCUUCGCUACAGGAGUCUACGGCAUCGUCAAGAUGUCCUCCUGUGCCAUUUUCAUAGUUUUCCUUGCCGAUACCCUCGGCCGAAGGCUGUCGUUGGUGUGGACUGGUCUGUUUAUGUGGUUCUGCAUGUUCUAUCUUGGAUUCUACGUUCGAUUCGAUCCUCCAGAAAAGGGAAGCCCCAUUUCCGGUGCGGGAUAUGCUGCACUAGUGAUGGUCUAUCUCUUUGCCGCUGCUUUUCAAUUUGGUUGGGGACCGGUCUGCUGGAUUUACUGCUCUGAAAUCUCCAGCCAACGUCUCAGAGGAUUGAUCGUAUCGUACGCCGCCGCCACCCAGUGGAUUUUCAACCUGGUUGUGGCUAGAUCGACGCCGGUGAUGCUCGACACCGUGGGAGCACACGGAUACGGGACGUACUUUAUCUAUGGCUGUUUUAACUGUGUCAUUGGCGUGGGAGCCUUCUUCCUCGUCCCAGAAACUAAAGGGCUCUCCCUCGAACGAAUGGACGAGCUCUUCGGAGUGACUGACUUCAGCGGCGUGGAGGACGUUGGUAUGGCAGCUCAGCAUGCCAAGGCCGACAUUGAGACGGUCCACGUCGAAGAGUCCAAGUGA